AUGUCGGAGCCGGAGCCUGCACUGCAAGGGCCCGGCGUCUUGCACAGCACCAGUGCGCCGCUGAGCAGUGCACUUCGGGUAGAGCUCUUUGCUGCCAUUGAGGCCAUUUACGCGAUAGGUGGUGGGUCCGACACGUCCCACGCGAUCAAGUCAGAGACAGGAAGUCAUCCCACUACGACAGACACAGACCAUUACUCAGCCUCCAGUCACUCCUUGGAUACUGCGUGCAGUCGGCUCACUGAUGUUAUGAAGCACUGGGACUUGAGGAUUCAGGAUCGGUCGUUAUCUCGUCAACAUGCCGUCUAUCACUUCCACCCACCGAGCAAUGUCAUGGAAUUCGAGAGCUGGGUUAUGGGACAGAGCAUGUCUACUGCUGAUUCCACCCUCAUUGCUCGUCUUAUCGACUUAUGCCCUCAACUGGGGUUCGAGGUUCUUCCAGUUGUCAUGAAGUACACAGGAACGACCUGCCAGUACCAAGUUCGUGCCCCUCUUCCGCCAGAUGGCAAUGUCGGGCCGCAACUCCCUGAACAGAACGGGUACUGGAAAGCCUAUCAACAUGUCAAGCACUCUCCUAGCAUUCAUUAUUUUGGAAGCUUUGAUGAUCUCACACUUGCUGAAACUGUUGAUUGCCAUGAAGGCAAUGUCCUCGAUGAAAGGAACGUCGCCUGGGAAAGGGCCCGCCGUGGAAUAUUCUCUUGGCAAGGGUCCUACGAGCAGCAGUUGUUCGACGAAGAGCGAAGACUUCGUGAAGCCAACCCCAGAUGGUAUCAGAACAUUAUCCCAGGCACUAGUGGCGACCUAGGUUAUUACUUCGCCCCAGCGAUCAUCAUCACACCGCUCAGAACUCAGCUGGAAUUUGUCAAUAUGGACGAGCCAUCGCAAUCUGCCAUUCGCAUCUGGCGUUACCUUUUACGGCAAUGCAAAGCAUCUCCAGAGUCAGCAUUCUACUUUGAAGUCCUCCAGUCUCUGUGCCGAUUUGUGUGGCCCGAGCGAGGUAAUGAGUUACCAGAGACACAAAUCCUGGGUACAAGGGUUCAGAACCGCCAGGAGCUCAUCGACAAAGUCGAUUCCGGUCUCAUGGGCGAUCUGAUGUUGACCUCGCUAGUCUUCAAAAACCAUCAACUUUUCCAGAGCCUCAUCGCCAGUACACCGGUCGAACCAUUGGUAGACUACAGUUGGAUAUGCCAAAAUGCGAGCUUUCAUGGCUACUCAGCAGCUAAUGCGCUCUACGAACUUCGAAGUUUCUUAUUCGAACGCAACAACUUUCUGCAAGUUGCUAGCAUAGUCGAUAAGUUGCCUCCAUAUUCUGUGACCGACAGUUCAAGCAAAAGCGUCGAGGAACUCGGAAAGAUGACUAUUGGCAUACUUAAAUCCCCCGUGUCAGCAACCCAUGGCCGAGUCGUGGUGAACCUCUUGAAGUUAUUCAAGGACUUUGACAAGUGGAGUGACAUGGUGGAUUCAGCCAUGAGCAGACAUGGAGAGAUCCAGCAGCACAGCCAAUUCAUGCUCGGGUUGUUCAAUAGACUCUUCGAGGUGGCAAAGAGAGACAGGCUGCCUCUGGACCAAGUCACUGCAUUUUAUCAAAAGCACGCAGGCGUGACAGACGAGUUGAAAACGCUAUGGGACAUUGGCAAGCUGGUCAGCAAUGCGAAUGAAGAGCAGAGCGCCGAAGCAAAGGCCGCUCGGCAGGCUUGGUGCAUUGCUGAACCAACGGAAGAAACCAUUGUCGGCCAUUCAAAGCUGACCCCGACAAAUCACACAAUGAUUGCUGGACUGUUCAGAAAUCUUGAUCGCCUAGGUAUGGAUGAUCAAGUAAACAAUCUUGCAGAACACAUCGCUCAACAUGUUACUGAGAUUGAGCCCAUCCACUUGGCACGUCUCUGGCUACCACUCCUUAGGACCCUCCAGGACCUAGUGGAUCCCGAUAAGCCGGCAUACCAGCACCUGUUUCAAGCCAUCUUUGAGCGUUAUGAGAGUGCAGUCUUUGAGGAUGUCUCAGGUCGGAUCGAGCAAGAACCAAAGCUGAUAUCCCCAAUGGCCGCAUGCUGUCGUCAAUGCGAGACUCUCAACUCUUACUUUGAUCAACCAAGCUGGAAGACCAUUCACUUGGUGAAGCCGAGGAUGAUAGUAGACCAUAUACAAAGUCAGCUUCAGAAUCAAGGGAAGCCCAUAAAAGUGGUCAUCUACGGUAGGAACGAGGCCAGCUUGACAAUGCAGCUUACCAAGUCUUCAUUGGCCAAUGAAAGACUCCGCACGAUCGGGGCACUGAGGAGACAGGAGGCGACCAGAGCUGUUCAGCAAUUCGACCCAGAUGUUCUGCUGUCUUUCCUCGGAGACAAGGGGGAGAUCAUGUGGAAGUUGGGAGAUGCGGAGUCUCAGAGGCCUCUCAAAGGCACCUCGGCAAGACUCUCAGAUUCAUCGUCGACUAGGUUGGCUGCCGGAUCGUCUAGAACAAGCUCGUCAUCCACACCAGGUGUUUCUCUAAGAUCUUUAGAGACGCCUCGGAGGGGUUACCAAGAACCUCCGAUCAGGGACGAAAUAACAUCACACACCAACAUGGUCCAAGCUCAAAUAACGCCAAGGAUCGAGGAUAGGAGCAUAACGGGCAUGGUGAAGCCGGAGCCUUCGGCUUCUCUUAGUUUAGCUCAGUGCUCGGGUCACAGAGAUAUUCGGGACAUGUCUGGUGCCAGUGUCAACAAGGAGCAGGCCACGCCAAGCAGUAGCACCAGUCAAGGUGGUUUGCUCAAAUCCAGCGGGACCUCAGCGAGAGAUCGACUCAAAAAGUUGGGCAGAAUGAAGCUUGAGUCUACACCCAAGUUUGAUGAUGAUGAUGAAGCGACGGCGCGACUCCGGGCGAAACUGGAUAAGAGACUGACGCCGAGAGAGACACCUCAAAACCGUAGCGGCAGCAGCAGCAGAUUGGACUACAGCUUGCCGAGAACGCGUAACCUGUUGGCGCCGUUCGGAGGUCGCGGCUCGAGCAGGGAACCUGCGUCCUCUUUUAACAAGCAAGCCGGCCUGACGAGCACCUUAGAGCCCAUUUUGUCGUUUCAGAGCACGGCCAGCGGCUUCUCCAGAACCCCGCGGCUAGACGCCGUGGCAGGAGGUCCUACGCCCAGGCCUUCACCCCUUCUGAAUGCGUUAUCAGGAGGCAGUGCCAACAGCGGUAGCAGUCGACUGGGCCUCGGGGUGAGAACUAGAAGCCCUUCGAGCAGCCCAUCACCGGCUACCGCCGGCGGCGGCAGCAACCAGCCGGAUUACAUGGCGGCGAUCAUGGAUGUGAAACGUGCCAAGAAGCUGCGUUCCGGCUCGACGUGGGAAGUGCGGUCUGCCUUGGGUAGUAUCGUGGGCUCGGGUACGGCAUCCUCUGCCGCGGCCAAGUCGCGGUUCAGCGGACUUGUCGACGCGAUUGAACAGGAGAACCCGAGGCUCACUAGCCUGAUGAACGAGAGCCCAGAUUCGCACAGCGCAUCUGGUAUAGCGAGGGCUACAUCAGGGGCUCUGACGGCGCGGUCUCAUAACGUGAGACCGGACCGGAGUCGCAUUUCCGGCACGGUCAGUCGCAAGCGACAUAUUAUGGAUGACGAUGACGACAACAACGAGGUUAUUGACCUCUGCGGCGGUAAUUCUUCCUACGAAGGAGGCAACAAGAGGAUGAAGACCACUCCCACCUUUACCCUACUCGAUGACGACCCAUUCGGUGAGGAUUGA